UUUCUUGUUGGUACGUUUUUGGCUCCACUUCUGAUGAUUUUUCGCGUAUGUUUUCAUCUCGACAUCUCAAAAGCACUAAAAUAAGCAAACGCUGUUUUGGUUUUACAAUGAAAGAAGCUUCCAAGCUCUUUUCACCACUCAACUCGUGCUGAGGAGUUUACUUGGGUUCAUCACAUCUACGAGCAAAGACGCUGCUUGCUAACUUAGCAUCCUCGUUAGUUGGCAUGACAACAGGUUGCAGCAGUUUUCUUUUUUUUUUUUAAUAAAACGUGCUAUGUCAUUCAACUUUUGUGGAUUUGUAAAGCUAUAACCUGGAGUUUGGACACAAACCAAUGGAUCUCCGGCUGCAUCAUCCCUGAACAAGCGUUGAUUCCCAGGACACUGAACAGGAACAUGAUGGCAAUUUACAAAAAAUGACCAGUGCAAGAUGGUGACGGUUUUCCCACCUUUGUGUGCACCUUUUCUUGACAUCAGCAGGUAGAUAUGGGUUUCUUAAGACUAAUUGCCAGAAUCAUGGGUAGGAUCAGUACAUUCAGGUCCUAUCAGUUUCUACUUCUCCUGGCUGCUGCACUUGCUGUUGUCGCUUUUUAUUACUUCGGCUCAGAGAGGCACAACUUCUCCAGCACCACAAAGAGGAUAAAGCAGACCCAGGCCAGCACCAACAGAAAUGAUGCUGAUCUAACUGUGGACACCAAGGUCUCACAUCUGGUUGGAUUUGAGGAGCAAGGAAGGGAAGAGCAAGAUGUAGCAGAGGAGAGUGAUGUUUUUGGGUCCAGGAAAGGGAAACCAAGGAGCAGUGGCCAAAAGUACCAUGCACUCAUGAUGUUCACCAAGGUGGACAAGAGCCGAAGCCUGCAGGAUAAAUUCAGGGUGGCUGUGAUGUCGAUGGUGAAACACGCACAUUUCAUGGAAGGUGAAGUGUUGGUGCUUCAUUUCGUGAGUGACCAGGCCAGCCAAGCACUGGGCCAGAGGAUGCUGCAGGAAUUUCUCCAAGACGCAACAUUUGAAUAUGAGGUGACCUUUCAUGAUGUGGUGGAGCUCACACAGAUGCUCUUCCCUGUUGUGGAGGCCAUGCAGAAGUACUUCAGCGCUGGCUCUGGAGCUUACUACAGUGACUCCAUCUUCUUCCUGUCUGUAGCCAUGCAUCACAUCCUGCCUGACAGUCUGACGCAGAUAGUGCAACUUGACCUGGACCUCAAAUACAGGACCAACAUCAGGAACCUUUUCCAAGAAUUUGACAAAUUUCCUCCAGGAGCCGUGAUAGGCAUCAUCAGAGAGAUGCAGCCAGUCUACAGACACACGUUUUGGCAGUAUCGUAAGGAGAACCCUGAGACCAGAGUAGGGGACCCUCCUCCUGACGGCCUCCCAGGCUUCAACAGUGGCGUGAUGUUAUUGGACCUCAGCGCCAUGAGGGCCUCGGCUCUCUACAACCAGUUGCUGCAGCCCAACAACGUGGCCAAACUAGCAGACCAGUAUCGCUUCAGAGGCCACCUGGGUGACCAGGACUUCUUCACCAUGAUCGGCAUGGAGCACCCUGAACUCUUUUACUCCCUGGCCUGUGGCUGGAACCGGCAGCUGUGCACCUGGUGGAGAGACCACGGAUAUGGAGAUGUGUUUCAGUUGUACUAUCGCUGCGAUGGGCCUGUUUAUAUCUACCAUGGGAACUGUAAUUCCCCCAUACCAGAUGACUGAGCUUUUGAACUGGCUUGAUACUGGAAAUGAGCUGGACAUGUGCUUUGUAGAUUAAGGAUACUGUGAUUCCUGCCAGUUGGGAAGCAGAACUGGAAGUUGACUUUGCUUACGACAGUUGCAAGUCCUGCCCCCUGCUGGCCAUGGGGUAAGUGAAGAGCCGUCCAAAACAAGAUGUUUGUUUUUUGUUUUGUUUUUUUUCUUCAAAUCUAUCAUUCUAGAAAUAAUAAGGUGUCUCAGUUUUGCACCACUGUGAGGGCUGUGCUAGUGGAAGCACAUCUCUCCAAAAACUACAGAAUAUUGUGUAAGAGAUCAGUUUAAGAUCAGACUCAUCAAUUUCUAGGUGUUGAUCAGGUGCCAGUUGUUAUCAAGAAUGAAUGUAUUGCUUCUCCUUAUUUAACAACAAAGAGCAGUAAAUCAGAAAUAGUAUAAAUAGAGGUAUCUGAGGAACAUAGCCAGACCAGCCAUGCUCAUUUGCAGAACUUCAUCUCUUCUGAAAUGGUACCCCUUCCUCUCCUCUGGUACCGUCCAAUUCACAGCCAUUCCCACCGGUACAGAGCACACCAGACCAGUGACUGCAGGGCGGCGGUGGGCUUUAUUGACUCAUACAAAAGCAUCCGCACCCAGUGGCAUCCACAAGCAGCUUCUUCCACGUCUGCUGGUACUGAGAGUAAUCCUUUGUAUUGACGUGGAAAAGAAUCAGGAUGUCUGUCCAGGCAUUACAGGAUGUAAUUAUUAUUAUUGCAUUUAAAAAGAUUGAUACCUUCGCAAAGAAUUUCAGUUCCGCGUUGAGCACCAUGCUGGAUUAUGAUGCAUUACUGUGAAGUGGAUGUUCAGUUCCCAGGAUUGACAACACUGUCAUGUCAGCUUUGCCUUCAUUCCAUUUAAUGUGGGAUCUGAUGCAGGUGCGAUCGUGGACUCAUCGUUUAUUACCAGUGUUUAUUCCAACACUGGGAAAGAUCAUGGUUAAUAAUGGUAGCACUGGUGGCUGUUGUUAUUGCGCUGUAUUUGUACUUUUGCUAAGGCCAAACCCAAGCUCCUAUAAGCCAGUGCCCACGUUUCAAAGGGAGUAAUGAAGUCAAGAGCGUGACUGCAGGCGGUGACCCACUUUUAGUUUUCACUUGCUGCACCGACUGGUGUGACAUUCAGAUUCAACAAUAUGUCAACACUCAAUAAUUGUCUGGUAGGAAACUGUGUAAGAUGAAGCACGCUUUAACAUUCACGUACGCACAGGGAGCCCAUCUUUUAAAACGACAGCACUGAAUUAUAAAUCGUCACUUUUUUAGAAGCCUUUUACAAUUUAGAUAUAUAACAGCAAAAUAACAAUUUGUUUGCUUGUUUUUGUUUCUCUUUGAUCAUGCAAUGAAUGGCUUAUCUUAAAACUGUCUUUUAUUUAGAAUUUCCAUAUCCUUUAGAAUAUCCUUGUAAAAUAAAUGAAGAAUCGUUUCUCAUCGUGCUCUGUUGUUUAUUUCUAUCACCCUGCUACAGGUAUGCAAUUAUAUACUGUACAACUGCUUUUAUUUCAAUCCAUUUUCAGGGGAAAUAAGGUAUUUUUUCAAUGAGCUGUAAGGGUACAAACAUCUUUAGCCACAUCGUUCAUUGAAGACUAAUGCAGACACAGCAAUACAAGAAUAAAAACUCACAAGUGGCACAGACUCUGCACAAGCAUAAAGAGUAUAAAUUAAGCGUACAGGGCUAUCUUUAGUUCACUGACUUGAACAAAAACAAAUGUGAAAGCAUCUUCCUGAUUCAGAUGUUUAUCUAAAUAUUACUAAAGAAUCAUUUCUUUUUUGUUUUCUUGUGUUUUUCCAUGUUUUUG